AUGGUGUAGUGCGACGUGGAGGGCUGUUCAGCCAGUUGCUCUUCAGCAUAUAAGAAGGCGUUUCUUUUAGUAGAUGCGCACUUACAGGCACUGACAUUUUAGUGUAAGACUCACGACUGGAUUUAUGGAAGUGUCUGCACGUUUCCUCCGCUAACAUUUUCUAAUUGUGUAAUUUGAAUGCCUUGAGAGGAUACCUUCAUAACCUUAAUUUAAAGACAAUUAGAAGAUGGCUAACAAGGCAGAGUCCAGAAUGAGCACUUCCACUAGUGAGAGUGUGUCCCACAGUGUGCUGAGCUGGGACCAGGUGGGCCGUCUCAAUGAGGUCCUGACAGCAGUGGUGCCGGUCCACGGCCGAGGGAACUUCCCAACCCUGGAGGUGCGGCUGAAAGACAUUGUUCAGAUGGUGCGCACCCGUCUGGAGCUAAGGGGAAUUAAAGUGAAAGACGUCCGUCUGAACGGCUCUACAGCCAGCCAUGUGCUGGUGCAGGACAUUGGCUGGAGCUACAAGGACCUGGACAUCAUCUUCAGGGUGGACCUGCCCCUGGAGUCAGGGUUCCAGCUGGUCAAAGAUGUGGUGCUGGGCACUCUGCUGGACUUCCUCCCUGAGGGGGUGAACAAGGAGAAGAUCACCCCCAUGACUCUAAAGGAGGUCUAUGUUCAGAAGCUGGUCAAGGUGUAUACAGAGCAGGACCGCUGGAGCCUCAUCUCCCUCUCCAACAACAACGGGCGCAACGUGGAGCUGAAGUUUGUGGACUCUAUCCGCCGGCAGUUUGAGUUCAGCGUGGAUUCAUUUCAGAUCGUGUUGGACUCGCUGCUCUCCUUUUACGACUUCUCGCCGGAGAACCCUAUGUCUCGCCACUUCCACCCCACUGUGGUGGGUGAGAGCGUGUACGGGGACUUUGGUGCGUCUCUGGACCACCUCAUGAACAAACUGAUCGCCACCAAGCGGCCGGAGGAGAUCCGUGGCGGUGGCCUUCUCAAGUACUGCAACCUACUGGUGAGAGACUUCCGGCCUACCUCGGAGGAGGAGUUCAAGGGCCUGGAGCGUUAUAUGUGCUCCCGCUUCUUCAUCGACUUCCCCGACAUUGGUGAGCAGCAACGGAAGCUGGAAGCCUACUUACAGAGUCACUUUGUGGGUGAGGAGAAGAGCAAGUAUGACUACCUCAUGAUCCUGCGGCGUGUUGUCAACGAGAGCACGGUGUGCCUCAUGGGCCACGAGAGGCGGCAGACCCUUAACCUAAUCUCGCUGACAGCCUUCAGGGUGCUGGCUGAGCAGAACGCCAUCCCAGACGCAUCCAGUGUCACCUGCUACUACCAGCCGGCACCCUACGUCCGAGACCACAACUUCAGCAACUACUACGUUGCCUCGUGUAACCAGAAUAUUCCAACAUGGCUGCCAUGUAACUGAGACCCAUAUAACCCGAAGACUGCUGCUUUGAGAAAGGGGGGAAAAAAAGAGAAGUCAGAUGUGCCCAAAAAAAUAGAAAUGCCCAAAAAAUAAAUUUCGCUCUGUAGUCAUAAAGGAUAUAUUUAAAUGGCCAAGUGUUUAGUUUUUAUUUUGGUCUCCCUUCUCCUUUCUCAUUCCUUAUCUACAGAGGUGUCAAGAUCAUUGGAUCAAGUGAUAUUUUUUAAGUGUUAUUUUGAUUAUAUUUUCUUGCCUUUUCUCAGAUUAAUGUUUUUUUUUUUGUUUCCCCUAAUGAGAAAAUUGGCUUCAAAUUAACGUCCUGAUUCAAGAAUGAGUUCUACUUGGUGCCCACAUGUUAAGUGUAUUUGGUCCAUCUUCAAAGAAAGGGAAACUAAUAUUUAGAAGUUUAUUUGGGUUUUGCUUCUGUGUGUAUUGAAGAAAAAAAAAAGUUAAAAAUUGUCAAAAAAAAAAUGGUUAACUAAAGAGAUGUGAAGCACAAAGUGUAAAAGGUAAUCCUGAGAUGACAUCAAUGUUUAGUUCACUGAUGAGCAGUAUGGGAUUGCUCAUCAGUGUUUUGAGGAAUUUUCUACUAGUGAGAUGACUGUCCCCAUCUCACUUAGAAGGCAUCCAACCUAAACUGGAGGCAGAGGAGUGGCUCAUUUUGUUUUUAAAGCCAAGGUGUAAAAAAGGAAAGGUAAUCUGACCCAAUAUCACUAGCACAGUGCUGCCCAGAGUGCCUGUGCUCUGUAGACUUUGUAGAGAGAAUUUGUAUUUUAUUUUCUGCUGUGACUAGCCUCCUUCCUAAAUCUGUUCAGCCAAUACUAUGUAUAGACAAUAGUUCAUACUAUAUAGGGUGCAUCUCAAUAGUGUUAAGUGGCUUCCUCUCCCUAGUAUCCUCUCCUCCAUGCAACGGGUCAAGUAGAAAUGUAGACUGCCUAUCCAAACCUUUCACCUGUUUGUGGUAAUGCUUGAAAGGAGCCUAGCAAAGGAAGCCAUGAAUGAGUAUUGAGAAGCACACCAUACAGUGUUUUGGGCCUUUUUGCUCACCGAUUGUGGCUAAUGUAUGUUGUGGGGAGUUGCUAUUCUUUUCUUUUAAACCUCUUCCAAAACAUUGGUGCAGCAGUGACCACUCAGAUGUCAGAGUUUACGGUCCAUGUGGUGGGGUCUGUACUGUAAGCUCAUUUGGAGAACAAGACAGGGCCUUCAGCUCCCUCUUUCUGGAGUCUAGUCUGAAAGUCAGGGAGAGACUGUCCUUUCCCUUAAAAGGAGCCCCACUUGGCGGGGCCCUGGAACCCCUUGCAGGCCUUCCUUUGCAGGCAGUGGCCUGAAAUGGGAUCCCAGUCUGGUGCAGGUCAGCCAAUUGCUGUAACUGCAGCCAACAAUUAAAGUGGGGAGGGAGUGUAAGGUAGAGAAUGGCGAGGUUGUGCCAGUGUGUGACGGCAACCUUAUGCGUGGGGGCUGACUCACUUCCCCCUCCACCACCCCGUAAGGGUUUGCAGGGGGCAGGUGUGAACCCUUUUCUGGUCAUGGGAGGAUAGGGGAGCACUGCUGCCUGCCUGGCACAUUCAACGAAAUGUAAGUGUCUGGAAUUCCGUUCCCAUUUUGGACCUCACGCGUCUUGAUUUACAUGGCAGAAGUUGUACUCUGCUGUACGACAGGCAUCCGAGUACCCCCCCCCCCCCUCACCC